UGUCUUAUUAUUUUAACUCCCUCAACUCCUCCGAUCCAUCUUGCGCUUAUUUCGGAUCUUCCAAUUAUAUCUUAUGUUUUAAAUUUUAAUACAUGAUCAUCAUCUUGGAAAAUGCAAGUUGACUUCUCUAUACACUAGAUAUAUAGAGCUUGUGUUCUUGGCCAGCCUAAACGCUUAUCCUAUACUAAUCAAGAGAGAGAGAGAGAGAGAGAGAGAGAGAGAGAGAGAGAGAGAGAGAAUGGCUCAUGCUGCCGUAUAUUCGCUUAAGUGGGCAAUGAUGGAGCUUGCGGACAUGUCAGCAUUCCAAAAAUAUUAUUCCGACGACGUCGAUAUCGUUUGGCCGGAUGCUGACUUGGAUUCAUUUCUCGAGGCAACCAAGCUCCUUCCUAGCUACAACUUAGUUGAUGAUGCUGCUUCCGAAAGGCGAGUAAAAGAUGCAGCCCAACAACUCCAGGAUCUGAUCGAAUCCCAUGUAUCCGAUCUCUUAUUACGACUUUCCGAUCAUCAAUCUGAAAGCUACUCUUUCGAUGAUUAUACCGGUUUCACUUUCUCCUUCUCCCAACAACUAUCACAACUCAAACAAGAACUCAGUUCGUUUCUCACAGCAUUGAACUCCACUGAACAACAACAACUAAACAAGUCUUCUUCUGAUUAUAGCAGCCUUGGGAAACAACAAGAUCUGGUGGGACUGGAUGAGCAAAUAAAAGUACUAAAAGAAUGGAUUCAGCAGCCCGAAUCCAGUCUCAGGGUCAAAACAGUUGCGGGCAUGACCGGGAUCGGUAAGACUACUCUCGUUAAACAUGUUUAUAGCGAUCCAAAUGUUGUAGAUGGGUUCCAAACUCGUUUAUUCGUGCACGUCGGCCCACGCUACAAUAAAUUGGAAGAAAUUAUGCUGCUUGUUCUCAAUCAACUCGGCGUCGUCUUUCCCACCUCUGAUGAACUACUUCACAAAAACAAAGACUAUCUGAGAAAUCAAUUGUGGGAGGCUUUAUCCGGUCAAAAGUAUCUAAUUGUGUUAGACGACCUGUGGACUAAUACUAAAGUCUGGCAUUCGAUAGAGUUUAGGGGUUUCCCAAGAAACGAAAAAGGAAGCCGCAUCAUCAUCACGUCUCAGAUCCAAACCAUAGAUCACUUUUGGUUUCUAUCCAAAAGGAUUACCCCAUUGCCGUUGUUGAACGACGACGAUAGUUGGAAACUACUUCACCAUACGGCAUUUUCUAGUGGAUACAAGUGUAGUUCGGAACUUGUGAAAAUCGGAAAGAAGAUCGCCAGAAACUGCCAAGGACUCCCUGCGGCAAUUAUACAGGUUGGAGAGAAUCUACGUGGAAAAUUGGUUCAAGAAUGGAAGACAUUAUCAGAAAAUGAAGAUCCACUCAUCAUCACAAGAAAUGACGAUACACCCCUCUCAAAAGCACUGUAUUUUAGUUAUAUGAUGUUGCCUCAAUAUCUAAAGGUAUUCUUUCUCUAUAUGGGUGUUUUCCCAAAAGAAUAUGUGAUUUCUCGAUCCAUGCUCAUCAAAUUAUGGGUUUCUGAGGGCUUUUUCAAUUUAUUAUCGGAAGACCUUCCCGGAGAUUACUUGGAUAAACUUAUUUGCCAAAAUAUUGUUUUGAUACAAAAGAAGGCAUCUGUAAGUAAUGAAACAACUAAGAACUGCAGUCUGCAUUUCACAUUUCGGAGUCUAUGUGUUAAUGAAGCAAAGAGUGAAAAAAUUUUCCACGUCGUGAAAAAGUACAUCGAUUGUAUGCCAGAGAAGAUGAGAAGCCAACACCGCCUGUGCAUCCACAAUAAUGUUGUUCUUGCUUUUAGAGAAGUUCAUGAGUGGAUGGAAUCAGUUCCAAAUAUACGAUCUCUUCUUUGUUUCGGUCCAAAACAACAAUAUCCAAUAGUGUUGCCGUUGUGUUUUAGAUUGCUCAAAAUACUAGAUGCACUUGGAGUCCGUUUCUACGAGUUCCCACAUCAAGUGUUUUCACUAAUUCAGUUAAGGUAUCUUUCCAUCACGUUUGAUGGAGAGCUCCCCAACUCCAUAUCGAAACUUUCGAACCUCGAAGUCUUGAUUUUCGGUCGGCAUCACAACAUCAAAUCGUCGAAAAAUGGUCCGGCUUAUCUACCUAUAGGGAUAUGGAAACUGCGUAAACUGAGGCAACUUUAUUGCAAAGGCUUUGAUCUGCCAGCUCCUCCUUCUUCGGAUGGUUCUCAUCCGGUUCUUGAAAAUCUUGUUACACUUUCAGGUGUGAGUGUUCACAGUUGUACCAUGAAAGUUCUUUCAAGGAUUCCCAUGCUAAAGAGAGUAGCUGUUCAGAUCGAGUCGGCACACGAUUCACUGGAGACCUUCAGUUUUUUCAGUCAAUUUACCUCGCUCUAUCAAAAAUUUGAGUCAUUCAAAUGCAUCGUUGUAAAUCCUAAUCUCGGGCCCCACAUCGUUCAUUGCAUUCCGAAUUUUCCUGUGAACAUUAAGAAGAUAACUCUGAGUGGAUGUGGAUUUCCGUGGAAGAAAAUUGAAGUGCUUUCAGCAUUGCAGAAUCUUAAAGUGCUCAAACUGCGAUGGUAUGCUUUUUGUGGGCCCAUUUGGAAAAUCAGUGGCGCACAAUUCCCUAGUCUUAAGUUUCUGCUGCUGGAGGACUUGGAUAUAGAACAAUUGGAAUUCGAGGAUCGAGGCAUGCGUAGUAUGCAAAAGAUGGCGAUCCAUGCUUGGUUUUGA